UGGCCUUCCUGCUGUAUUCAGGUAGAAAGGCCCUACAUCAAGCUGCAGCCAUGGAUGAGAUGGACCUGCCCCAGAUGAAGAAGGAGGUGGAGAGCCUCAAGUACCAGCUGGCCUUCAAACGAGAGAAGUCCUCCAAAACAGUGACUGACUUGGUAAAGUGGAUAGAGGAUGGCGUCCCAGAGGAUCCCUUCCUGAACCCGGAGCUGAUGAAGAACAACCCGUGGGUGGAGAAAGGAAAGUGCAUCCUUCUCUAGAGGAAACCAACUACCCUGCCAUGACCUUUCAACUUUUACCGCCCCCGAGCAACACACACCUUCAGAUGACCCCUGAACCUGACCCGGCCUGUGAAGGCCACGUCAGGACAGCACCUCCUAACUUCUCACCGUGAAUGUACAACCGCUGAU